AUGAUAUAUGAUAAAGGCGGUUUGCCAAAAGAAGAUCCAACAAUAGCAGAAAUGUUAAAAACCCAUGGAUAUAAUACUGGAAUGGCUGGAAAAUGGCAUUUGGGAAUUAAUGAAAAUAAUUAUACCGAUGGAAAUCAUUUGCCUGGACGUAGAGGAUUUGAUUUUGUUGGGAUAAAUCUGCCUUAUACUUUGAUUUGGGAGUGUGACGAGACUGGAGAGCUUUACCCUGGAGGGCCUGACCCGGAUAGAUGUUUUGUUUAUAAAGGAGACAAGGCAAGUUUAGUAGAAAGUAAACAAUGCUAUUAGGAGAGAGACACGAGGGAGAGCGUGAGAGAGAGAGGAGGAGAAG